UUGGUGGGCCUCGCCGAACUGCUGAACGCGCCCGUCAUCACCACGCUGAAGGCCAAGGGCGCGUUCCCGGAGAAUCACCCGCUGUUCGUGGGCGUGCGAGGCGAGCAUCCCAUCGCGUACCUGAACAAGAGCGACGUGAUCCUGACGGUGGGCAGCAGCCUCUCCCCCGGACGGUUCACCCACGGCAUCCCCAACGCGCCGGGCAAGACCAUCAUCCAGUGCAAUUUGGACGACCUGCACCUCAACCGCAUCUUCCCCACGCACCACGCGGUGCUGGGCGACGCCAAGUUCACCCUGCAGGCGCUGGCCGACGAGGUGUCGCGGCGCACUGACGGCGCGGGUCGGGCCGCGGGUAACGUGGUCGCCGAGGUCCGCGAGACGCGGGACGCCGGCCUGGCCGAGUACCGGGAGGCGAUGGCGUCCAGCGACACGCCCAUCAACCCGUACCGCGUGUACGGCGACAUGAUGAAGGUGCUGGACCCGCAGAACUCCUUUGUCACGCAUGAUUCCGGCAACACCCGUGACCAGCUGAGCACGGUAUACGACACGCUGAUUCCGCGCGGCUUCCUGGGCUGGGGCAACAUCUCCACGCUGGGGUUCGGCCUCGCCGGAGCCAUGGCGGCCAAGCUGGCCUUCCCCGAGCGGCAAUCGAUUGCGGUCACCGGCGACGCUGGCGUGGGCUACAUGCUGGGGAACCUGGAGGUUCCGGUGCGGCAGCACUGGGCAUCACCAUCGCCCACGUGGCCAACGGCGGGUUCGCCGGCUACGGCCCCGGGUUCUGGGGCGACGGUCACGACCCGUACACCCACCGCGUGA